AUGGCUUCCUCCUGGGGGUCCAACGGUAGUUCCAGCGCUGCAGCGGAGGUGACGACCCCCACCAACGUCUCCACCAGCGGAGACUCGUGCACGUGGUACGCGGGUGCGAGCUGUGAGCAGUCCCGGACGUGCUACGACUGUCUAAACGUCGGCGUCGUGGGCGACACGUGUGCAGUUGGCAACAUCGGCCAAUGUUUAAGCACUUCGGACCGAGUGGAUGGAGAAUCGUACUACCUGGCAGCCGGUUCUACCUACUGUGAGGCGUCGGACAAGAACUGUUCUACCUGUCGUGCUCGAUGGCUGGAGGAGUACGCGGCAAGCGGAGAAGUCAAGUCAUCGCCCGUGUGUUCCGGAGAGAAUGGCUGCAUUUGUCUUGCCGUCUGUGAACGGGAGGCGAAGAACUCGCUGGUGAUUCAAGACGAGUGUCCAGCCUACGAGAGGGCCAAAGUCGGGAGCAUCAUGCUGGUGAUUGCCAUGGGCUUCGCCUCGUUCAUUGUCUUCUCCAUGCUCACCUAUUGUAUCAAGAAGCUGUUGAAGUGCACCCUGCCAUGUAAGUCGCCCCGUGGCCCGCAGUUGGCGUUGUCAGGGUGGAAGUCGAUGCGAGAGAAACUGAUUGAGACAGAGCACGGAAACGGAACGCCGGGGGCUGGGUCAGCAGGGGUGAUGAGGAUUCAAUUAUCGGCGGCGGAGGGGAUGGCGGUGAUUGUAGAGGAAGGUGAAGGCUUUCGCCCUGCUUCACCCAGCGAGCAAUAUCGUUCUCUACACCCCGAAGAGGUCGCGCCCGCAUUGGCGAUGUUGCGUUAG